AUGAACUCAUUGCAGCGAGCCAUUUCAAAAAUUGCAUCAAGCCCAGGUACAGAGUCUGACCGGCUGGAAACAAAUCAAGAUGAUUUUGUCGAAUUGAGGGAUGGCGAUGUUGAAAAUCCAAGGAACUUGUCACCGGCAAGAAAACGGUACCUCACCUCCAUCACGAUGUUAAUAUUGGCAAACGGCAGUAUCGCCAGCAGCAUCACAGCAGGGAAUACUCAGUCAAUCACCGAAGAAUUUGGCAUUUCGAGUGUUGCUGCCCAGCUCACGACGUCACUUUUCCUGCUGGGCUUUUGUACAGGGCCUUUGCUGUUUGGCCCACUAUCCGAAUUCUACGGACGCCAGUGGCUGCUGCAUCUUACCUUAUUUAUCUACUUCUGCUUUACGUGCCUGACGGCUUGGCCACCAAAUUUGGGUAGUCUGCUGGUGGGCAGAUUUCUUGCUGGAUGUUUCGCUGCAGGGCCCUUUGCCAUUGGGCCUGGUGUCCUGGUUGAUCUAUGGGAUAAGUGUGAGUGCGGUAAUGCGAUGGGCAUGUUGAUCUGUAUAUGUUGGAUCGGCCCGGCCCUGGGUACUGUUAUAUCUGGGCGCUUCGAGCUGAAGAGGGACUGGCGUUGGUCUAUGUAUGCAAAAAUGGCUCGGCAGCAAGGUCACGACGUACAGGCCGCAGGGGAGGCUUCCAGACCAAAGCUGCUUCAGCUCUAUAAGACUGCUCUGGCACGACCUUGGGUCCUCGUUCUCGACACCAUUUCUCUGCUAUGUUGCCUUUACUCCUGUCUCAUUGCUGCUCUACAAUACAUGCUCUUCAGCAUAUAUCCUAUAGUGUUUCAGGAGCUGAGAGGAUGGAAUACCGCCGUGUCCCAACUCCCCGUUCUCGGACAGGCCGUCGGUGCCGUGUUCGGCCUCCUUAUGGUGUUUGAUCAUACGAGGCGUCGCAAGGCAAAGGCGAAUACGGGGAGGGGGAUGCUUCCAGAGGACCAUAUGGAUCUAGCCAUGAUAGGCGGCGUGGGCUUCCCGAUCUCGAUGCUCUGGCUGUGUUGGAGCGCCCAGUACAACUCCGUGCAUUGGAUCGUGCCAACAGCGGGUGGCAUGGUUCUGGCGACAUGCCUGAUGCUGAUCCAUGUGUCCUGCUUUAGUUACAUAACUGACGCCUACGCGGACUACGCUGCUUCCGUCAUAGCUGCCAAUAUUGUUGCGAGAUGUAUCAGCAGUGCGGGAGCUCCUCUUUUCACUAGGCAGAUGUUCGACGCCCUUGGAGUCGGCGACGGAGGGUCGCUUAUUGCGGGUGUGGCAGCGCCUCUUGCCGUCAUACCAUUCUUGUUCUACCGUUAUGGCCACACUAUCCGCUCGCGCAGCAAAUAUGCUCUUGCUUGA